CUUCAGGAAUAUAGCCAAUUCAUCUUCGUUUUCUUCCGCAUCAAAAAAUCUGAUUUUUGUGAAGCAGAGAGAAAGAGAGAGAGAGAGAGAUGGACGCCAUCGACUCAGUGUUCGAUCCUCUCAGAGAUUUCGCGAAGGACAGUUUUCGUCUCGUCAAGCGCUGCCACAAGCCCGAUCGCAAAGAAUUCACGAAGGUGGCGUUCCGUACGGCGAUCGGAUUCGUGGUGAUGGGAUUCGUCGGUUUCUUUGUGAAGCUGAUCUUCAUCCCCAUCAACAACAUCAUCGUCGGAUCUAGUUAGGUCAUUUUGUUAGGGGCAAGAAGGAAACUCUUAGCGAACACUGUGGUGGAAAAAAGAUCUUGCUACCAAGUGCAUUAGCAUGUUGAAAGAUUACUCUACUGCUUCUCUAGGCUUGUUUAACAUCUUCUUGUUUCGUAGACUGUUUAGUAGUUUUUUUUGGCUCAAUAGUUUUGUUGUAACUUUUGGAGUUCUGAACAUGUCAUAUUCCCAUCUGGGAAAAUCGGAGUUAAAACGUUAGCCAAACAGGAUUGUAAGUUCAGAGAAACCAUUUUAUCCUCAACAAAAAGUACA